GUCAUUUUCAAGGUUUCCAGGGACAAGCUGUACCAGGGCAGUCUGGACAGGUGACUCCCAUCUCCACCAUGAAACAGCUUUCCUCUGUGAUCUACGUUCCCAUCAGCCUCUUCCUCCUGUCUGCUUCCUUCCACACAACUUGCUUAGCAGAAACACACAACUCCUCAACAGCUCCUUCGUCAUACUCGGCAUUGACAGAACAGUGUUCUAUGGAUCUAGAUUUCUGCUCUAAGGCUUCCCAGUGCUGCAAGCACGGAAUGGAUGAAGACGGUUGGAUUGCAGCGGCUAUUGGCUGGAGUCUCUGGUUUCUCACGCUCAUUUUGCUCUGUGUGGGUAAACUCAGAAAGAUAACACCCGAUGAAUCCAAGUACACACAAGCAUGAAAUUUGGGACUCUAUGGGCGAAACUAUCAGACUCUACCAGUUUCCCUAAGCUCUAAGUGACUGGGGAAUCAAGAAAGAAAUGAAUGGUUCUAGAGACAGAUCACGGAACAUGUCUCCUUUUGACAGAAGUGAGGGGGAGAUAUUGUAAACACUGCCAGAUAGAGUGACUAUCCGGUAGUUUUGUUUAAUGGUUUUUCUUUGUUACAAAGGAUUCAAUAGGGGAGAGGGAGGGACAGUAGGAUAGACCUAGAAAUAAUUAUGGUGUAAAAAUAAAAGGCAUUAAUAACUUUUUUAAAAAACCAUAAAACUUGAUUGGGUACACCACAAGCAUCCAAAGUUAUUAUUUCCUUCCCAAUCCAGCUCUUCCUCCUGGAAUAAUACUUUCUGUUCAUCAUAUUGUCAUUCUUCUAGUCAUUCAAGCUUGAAAUUUGAGAGGUAUCUUUGACUUCCCCCUCUCCCACAAUUUCUAAAUCCAAUUGUCAAAUCUUGCCAAUAUCUUCCUGCAAGUUGACUCUCUUAUCACUACAUUCUAUUCACAUUAUCAAUCCCUCUUGGUCAAUCCCUGUUAUCAUGUAAUUGAAUUCAAUAGCCUCUCCUUGAUCCCCGUCUACAAUUUGCCCUUCCCCAAACCCAUCUUACUACCAUAAAAUCAGUCUUAAACAAAAGAACAUCUCCUAGGAGUGAGUGUGUGGUAGAGUAGAAAAAGACAGAGGGUCUGGCUGAGAAGCUCACCUGGGG